AUGUCGAUCGUUGGAAGGAAUGUUAUUCUGAGUCUGAGAGUUUCACUCUGCUCUCUUCGUAUGGGUCAGAGAUCGUUCACAUCCUCUCCGAUUAGCCAUAGUGCAAAAGCUGUGAAAUUCUUAAAAGCCCAAAGACGAAAACAAAAAAAUGAAGCUAAGCAGGCUUCUUUAAAGGCAGCAACCGAUAAGGUUGAUCCAGUUUUGGGUCGUGUGGAUACCCCAUUUAUAACGCGUAUUAUGGCAGAAUUAAAAGAACCGUUAGUUCUGUCGAAUGGUUAUAAUAUCGAAGAAGUAGAUAAAUUCUUUGCAGCUACUGAGUCUGCUAAACGUGAAAGAGCAGAGUUGUCGGGUUUGAACACAGAAGUCGUGGGCCUUGAAGAUAUAGAAUCAUUGGAAGCAAGACGUGAAGCUAUUUUGAGAAUAUUAAGUAUGAGGAACUCUGAGAAUGUACAUGCUAUUAAACUAGCCGUGGGGCUAGCACGUAAGGAAUUUGAGAGAUUUCCAGGUGAUACUGGUUCUAGUGAGGUCCAGGCGGCCUGUAUGACUGUUCGUAUUCAGAAUAUGGCAAAUCACAUUAAAGAACACCGAAAGGACUUCGCAAACACUAGACACUUGAGAAUAUUAGUCCAACAAAGGCAAGCAAUAUUAAGAUACUUGAAAAGGGAUAAUCCUGAAAAAUAUUACUGGACCAUUCAAAAAUUAGGGUUGAAUGAUGCUGCUGUAACGGAAGAGUUCAACAUGGAUAGACGUUACAUGCAAGACUAUGGAUUUUUCGGUGAUAGAAUAUUGAUAAAAGACUCUAAGAAAGUAGCAGAUCAAAAGCGUAGAGAGAUAAGAAGACAGAAAAGGGCUACAUUUUAG